AUGAACUUCACCGAGAACAUCAGUGUCAGUCCCUCUGUGUGGAGCGAUCCGGUUAACUCCAGCCGUGACGUCUUCGCCAUGAACGUCACCGAAUCUCCACCUUCUCGGACAAAAUCCAAAGUCUGUGAGCAGCUCAACGUCACCCCUGAGGUCUUCCUCAUUCUGGGAAUCAUCAGCUUGUUGGAGAACAUCCUGGUCAUCUGUGCCAUAGUGAAGAACAAGAACCUGCACUCGCCCAUGUACUUCUUUGUGUGCAGUCUGGCAGUGGCGGACAUGUUGGUGAGUGUGUCCAACGCAUGGGAGACCAUCGUCAUCUACCUGCUCAGCAACCAACAGCUGGUGGCAGAAGAUCACAUCAUCAGACAAAUAGACAACGUCUUUGACUCCAUGAUCUGCAUCUCCGUAGUGGCAUCCAUGUGCAGCUUGCUGGCCAUUGCUGUGGAUCGCUACGUCACCACAUUCUACGCACUGCGCUACCACAACAUCAUGACGGUGAAGCGUGCGUCGCUCAUCAUCACCGGGAUUUGGUCCUUUUGCACAGGAUGCGGCAUCGUGUUCAUUAUUUACUCAGACAGCACGCUUGUCAUCGUGUGCCUGGUGUCCAUGUUCUUCAUCAUGCUGGUGCUCAUGGCCUCGCUGUACACACACAUGUUCAUGCUGGCUCGCUCGCAUGUCAAGCGCAUAGCCGCUCUGCCCGGAUACAACUCCAUCCACCAGAGGACUAACAUGAAAGCAGCCGUCACUCUCACCAUCCUGCUGGGGAUCUUCAUCGUGUGCUGGGCGCCAUUCUUCCUCCACCUCAUCCUUAUGAUCUCCUGCCCCAGGAACCUGUACUGUAUGUGCUUCAUGUCCCACUUCAACAUGUACCUCAUCCUGAUCAUGUGCAACUCUGUCAUCGACCCGCUCAUCUACGCCUUCAGGAGCCAGGAGAUGCGCAAGACGCUCAAGGAGAUCAUCUGCUGCUACAGUCUGAGGAAUGUCUUAAGAUGGUCCAACUGA